GGCUUUGUCUGCGUCUUCUCCCUCGCUUCCUCCCUCCUUCCUUCAUCGCCUGCUCGCCUCGUCUGCCUUCCUGCUGACCUCAUUCCGUUUACUGGCCGUGCUUGGCUCUGCCUCCCAAGCAACCCGCCGCAAUGGCCGCCGCAAUCCCCAUCAACCCAUCGAGCAUCCAGUGGGUGUCCCACUACCAAAGCAACCGCACUCCGCCCCAGUGUGCACCGAGCGCAAGUUCUGCCGUCAACGUUAUCAACAACCUGGGCGACUUUUUGAUUGCUUCCAAUCGAUGCACCUGCUCUCCGGCGACAGGCAGCGUCCCCAGCAGCUGCCAGUACAUCUCCGUCGUUCCCGCCAACAGCUCCAUCUUUGCAAACGACUGCGGUCAGGACCCCACCUGCAAGAAGAGCUGUCGGGUGGUUGGCCAGUACUCGACCACGAAUCCAAACCCGUGCUCGACCAACUUCCUCAGCGGAGCAUUCAGCUCGCUCGACUUCACCACAACGGCCCUCUGGGAUUCCAGUUUCAAGACAAAAUAUUUUGCCUACACUACCUUCAGCCUCAACGACGCAAGCUGUAGCACCGUCGUCGAUGUCAACCGCACGUCUGUCUACCCAACCUGCACCCAGAUAAAGACUGGGCUCUACUCAAUCACCCUGAAGAACACGGCCCUCAACCGCCUCGAGUUCUAUGCAUGCUCGGACUCGGCAUGCAGCGCGUGUCAGAUGGCGAGCUCUCUCUCGAUCAGCAGCGCAUGCUCGCUCGACUCCAAGGAUUCAGGGACGUAUUUCAGCAUCUAUCUCCGAGGCAGCUUGCUGAGCGAUCCGUCGCUGGCUCUCAAAUCCAGCUUGCCCACCCGAACGACGACCCAAUCGUCCAAGCCCUCUCGGACCUCGUCUCCAGAUCCCAGUCCCACCCCUGGGCCCGCUAGCAACGGAGCCCUCAUUGGUGGGAUUGUCGGUGGUGUCGUUGCUGUUGCCGUCCUCGCCAUCGGGCUCUUCGCCUGGACUCGGGCACGAUCGAAAAAGACCCAGCCCCAGGCCGAGCGUGCUGCCGCUGCACUCCCGAGCCCAGCUGCACCCUCCCCACCCGACCAGUCUUUGGACACCCGUGAUGGCCCCGUCUCCCUCCAAGCCCAUGCUCAGUAUUCAGCACCAGUAGAGCCGCUUCCGGUACAGGCCCCCGCCUCGCGGUUCUCUGAGGCUCCCUAUUCGUCUGGCAUUCGGUACGCACCUGGACCUCAGUAUCCUCCAGCGGCAUCCUAUCCCAACAGUCCAGGCCUUCCUCAAGAUCCUCGCUAUUCCCAGCAUUAUCCCCCAGACUCUGGCUACUCGACCAACCCGGCCUAUUCCCCUGCCGCCUCAUACCCACCUGCCCAGCCCUAUUAUCCCAACCACGCCUAUUCUAGCUACCACGCUCUCCCCGAUCCUGGCAUGAACCGCAACUCCCAGAACUCGUCGUAUAGCCCGACCGAUCCUACUGCCUAUCGGUUCUCGGCUCAGCUCUCGCCCGAGUCGGACCAGCCACCCAACUAUGGAUCCUUGGUCAAGGGCCAGCCCAGCGGGCCCGUCUAUGUGGACCAAAAGUUCCAGAUCGCGAGCUUCCGGCGAGACGAACAGGACCCGGUCCAUGUGCCAAACUCCGACUCCGACCCGACCCCGGGUGCCUCCAAACACCGAACUUUGGACUAUUCCGGCUCGCUUGGUGCUGGUUCGCGAUGCGUUGCUGUCGUCCCUGUCGGGCGCAACAGCCCCUCGGACCUACCGCUGAAGCCCGGCGAUGUUGUCAUUCUUCAGAAUGAGUUCCAGGAAGGAUUUGCGCAGGCUUUCAACCAGACCACGGGACUCUCGGGCCGUAUUCCCGUGGACAGCAUUGUGCCGCUUGGCCAGGAACGGUAUCUUCCCUCGUUGUAAUUCGCCAGCGCGAAGCCAUACCCAAUAUCCCUGUCACGGUUGGCGUAGCGUUCUCUCCAGCCCACGCCAAGGCUCAUAUCUGCGACUCUGCCGCCACAAUCUCUGUGAAAUACAUCAUCUCGACGGCAUGCUCGCCGCUCUGCCGCUCGAUUUGUUGAGCC